CUUUUUCACCGAAUGCUCCUGUUUGUCUUCUCCAUUCUUUUUUCCUUGAAGAUUACCGUAAGGAGAGAUAGAUAUAUCUAUCAUUCACCUUCUUAAAUAAUCAAAACGUCCCAAUAGAAGAAUCAAGAAAGAGAAAAAGAGCGGUUUCUUUUCGUUUCUGUUCUCUUUGUUUUUUUUGGCUUCUAGGGUUUUUUUUUUUUAAUUCAAGUCCAGUUAUUACAACUGAAUUCUCUUUGAAACUGUUCACACAACUCAAUUUGAUUUCUUCUGCAACUUUUUGUUCUAUGUAUGAAGAAAAAAUUUUCCUUUUUUUUUUUUUACAUGAUUUGAUUACCACCAUCAAGAACCAUAAUUUGAUAUAGAGCGUUUGUUGUUGAUGGAUAAUUACCCAUACAAAAACCCAUAUCCAUACCCUUAUCACUCGGGAUACCCUCCUCCAAAUCAAGAUCCAUAUGCGCCUCCACCGUAUCAAUAUCCUUAUAAUUCUCCCCAAUACCCUUAUCCACCACCUUCAUAUCUACCCCCAACCUCCCAUUCGGCUCCCUUAGACUAUCCACAUUCUCAUUCUCAUUCUGGACCAAUUCCUUAUCAAUACCCAUACCCAGUUUCUCCAAAUCCAAUUCCUCAUGCUUCUUCUCAACCAACUCUCCAACAUCAUGGUAGUUUUCAGUAUGGUUCGUCUUCGUACCCUUACCAGCAAUCCUUAGCUGGUCAUUACCCAACUCCUGAAAGUAAUCCACAAGUAUCUUCCCCUUACCAUCAACCUGCCCAAUAUCCUCCUCCUGAAAGUAAUUCACAAGUAUCUUCCCCUUAUCAACAACCUGCUCAAUAUCCUCCUCCUGAAAGUAACUCUGAGCUACACUCCAGACACAAUAGCUUCUCUGGUCAUAACAGGCAGGAAAGCACAAGCUCUUUAGGAGCAAAUACGGAUACUAUCCCAUCUGUUGCUUCGGCUUAUCCGCCUUUGGAUGAUCUUUUGAGUAAUGUGCAUUUGUCUGAUAGUCGCCCGACAGCUCCUGCAUCACCUCCAGCACCUUCAGGGGCUGCAUUGCCCACUGCUACUUCAACACCUGAGCUACAAAGUCCGGUUUAUGGGCAUGCUACUUCAGGGGAUUUUUAUGGAUAUCCUAAUAACUCUUUUCCUAGUAAAUGGGAGGGGCCGUAUUUGGGUCGAAUGGAAUCAUCUAAUCACUCUGUUUUUUCCCAUACGGGUUCAUUCAAUGGAUCGCAACACGGCCAGAGUAUGCAGAUUGUGCCUUUCCAGAAAGGUUCAUUGAGAGUUUUGCUCCUACACGGAAAUUUAGAUAUUUGGGUUUUUGAUGCAAAGAAUCUUCCCAACAUGGAUAUGUUCCAUAAGACUUUAGGCGAUAUGUUUGGCAGGUUACCUGUAAAUGUCACCAACAAGAUUGAAGGACACAUGAACCGGAAGAUUACAAGUGAUCCUUAUGUCUCAAUUGCAGUUUCUGGUGCCGUUGUGGGAAGGACUUAUGUGAUUAGCAAUAGUGAAAACCCUGUCUGGAUGCAACAUUUCAACGUUCCUGUUGCACAUUAUGCUGCCGAAGUGCAUUUUGUUGUUAAAGACAGUGAUGUUGUGGGGUCACAGUUGAUAGGAAUUGUGACAAUUCCAGUGGAGCAGAUAUACUCGGGGGAAAAGAUUGAGGGAAUCUACCCAAUUCUGAAUAAUAAUGGAAAGCCCUGUAAGCCUGGGGCUGUCUUGAGACUAUCAAUUCAGUACACGCCAAUGGAGAAAUUGAGCUUCUAUCAUCACGGAGUUGGAGCAGGUCCUGAGUAUUUGGGGGUUCCUGGCACAUAUUUUCCUCUUAGGAAGGGGGGAACAGUGACACUUUAUCAAGAUGCCCAUGUCCCUGAUGGCUGCCUGCCAAACUUGAAACUUGACCAGGGGACGACCUAUGUGCACGGAAAGUGUUGGAGUGACAUAUUUGAUGCCAUUCGUCAAGCUAGGCGUUUGAUUUACAUUACAGGGUGGUCAGUUUGGCACAAAGUUACGCUGGUGCGGGAUGCUGGUCCUGCUUCAGAUUGCACUUUGGGGGAUAUUCUCAGGUCAAAGUCCCAGGAAGGAGUCAGGGUGCUACUUCUGAUAUGGGAUGAUCCUACUUCAAGAAGCAUUUUGGGAUACAAAACAGAUGGAAUAAUGCAAACCCAUGAUGAGGAAACACGUCGGUUUUUCAAACACUCUUCAGUGCAAGUGUUACUUUGUCCUCGUAUUGCUGGAAAACGACAUAGUUGGGUCAAGCAAAAGGAAGUUGGAACAAUUUAUACACACCAUCAGAAAACUGUAAUUGUGGAUGCCAAUGCUGGGGAAAAUAGAAGAAAAAUUAUUGCUUUUCUUGGUGGCCUUGACUUAUGUGAUGGGCGAUAUGAUACUCCACAUCAUCCUAUAUUUAGGACACUACAAACAGUGCAUAAGGAUGACUAUCAUAACCCAACGUUUACGGGUAAUGUUGCUGGUUGUCCAAGAGAACCAUGGCAUGACUUGCACUGUAGAAUUGAUGGCCCAGCUGCAUAUGAUGUUCUGGUCAACUUUGAGGAACGAUGGUUCAAGGCUUCAAAGCCUCAUGGAAUUAAAAAACUAAAAAUGUCAUAUGAUGAUGCUUUGCUGAGGAUAGAAAGAAUUCCAGACAUUAUUGGUGUUUCUGAUUUUCCUGGUCUUAAUGAGAAUGAUCCUGAAGCUUGGCAUGUUCAGAUUUUUCGCUCAAUUGAUUCAAAUUCUGUUAAAGGCUUUCCAAAGGAUCCAAAAGAUGCCACAAGCAAGGUAAAGAAUUUGGUGUGCGGUAAAAAUGUACUUAUCGAUAUGAGCAUACAUACAGCAUAUGUGAAGGCCAUUCGUGCUGCCCAGCAUUUCAUUUAUAUAGAAAAUCAGUAUUUCAUUGGAUCAUCCUACAAUUGGAACUCUUAUAAAGACUUAGGUGCUAACAACUUAAUUCCAAUGGAAAUUGCUCUUAAGAUUGCCAGUAAAAUUAAAGCAAAUGAGAGGUUUGCUGCAUAUAUUGUUGUUCCAAUGUGGCCAGAGGGUGUUCCAACUGGCGCUGCAACUCAAAGGAUUCUAUUUUGGCAGCACAAAACUAUGCAAAUGAUGUACGAGACUAUUUACAGGGCAUUGGUGGAGGCUGGACUUGAGGGUGCUUUCUCACCACAAGACUUUUUGAAUUUCUUCUGUCUCGGCAAUAGGGAGUUAGAUGGAUUUGAAAGUUCAGGCCUUGAAAGUCCUAGUGCUCCAAAUACUCCUCAGGCUCUUAGUCGGAAAAGUCGAAGAUUUAUGAUCUAUGUCCAUUCAAAGGGUAUGAUAGUUGAUGAUGAGUAUGUAAUACUGGGGUCUGCAAACAUCAACCAACGCUCCAUGGAGGGCACCAGAGACACUGAGAUUGCAAUGGGAGCUUACCAACCUCAACAUACCUGGGCUAAAAAACUUUCCAAUCCACAUGGACAGAUCUAUGGAUAUAGAAUGUCAUUAUGGGCAGAACAUCUCGGGGUUGUUGAGGACUGCUUCAAACAACCAGAGAGUGUCGAAUGUGUAAGACGGGUUAAGCAAAUGGCUGAGAUAAACUGGAAACAAUUCGCAGCGGACGAAAUAACAGAAAUGAGAGGACACUUGCUCAAGUACCCCGUUGAUGUUGACCGGAAGGGUAAGGUGAAGCCUCAUACGGGAUGUGAAAGUUUCCCAGAUGUGGGAGGAAACAUAGUCGGCUCAUUUCUUGGCAUACAAGAAAAUCUUACAAUUUGAACAAAAAUGGUACAUUAUAUGCACAGAUUUUUCCCUGCCUAUUUUUAAUGUAUAGUCGGAUUUUUUUGGAUCGGAUCAGUUUUUACUAUGUUUAAGUUUUUUUCCCUGAGAUUACAUUAUCAAAGCAAUCCUUUCUGCUUGUAUAUAUUCAUAUUUCAAACAAAAAUUAUUCAGGUUUUUCUAUUAGCAUUUUUUUGUGCCUAAU